UCUGGUUCUGCUGUGACAAGCCAUAUCGUAAGGAUGAGCCCACUGGCCUCUUGGUCAUCAUCUUCCCGAAGCCACCGUCGACCUGGACUCGCCCUAUCUCUCUCUCUCUCUCGCUCUUUGCGUCCUUCCUUGAUUGCUUCCUUUCUUCCAACUUGCGCAGCGAGCUGUCGACAACUUACCAGAGCGUUUAGCGGUGCACAGAGACGUGACUGUGGGUUUAUUUGUCACUUUGUGUUGUUUCUAUCUUUGCUAGCAACUAUGUAGGCUAUAUUACAUCCAUGACAAGAGCGGAAGUGGGGUGGUCCCGGCACUGGGCAAGGACAUUAAUUUGAGGAAGGCUGCGGUCUGUGUGAGAAACGGACGUUGGCCGCGAAGGAAUUUGGGUUUCGUGCAGGGAUUUCACGGCUGUGGUGUCCACGAGGACGUGGUGUUCCAGGUCUGUUCAAGUGGAGCAGGAGGUGGGAGCUUUGAUCGACGCAGUGGCUGUGGAACAGGUUGUGGUGAUGGUGGGAGGUCUCGAUCUCGCGCGAGGUGGGAAGCGCCAGAGACCUGUCAGCGAUGAGGAUUGAGAUCAGGUCUUCGGCAAGCUGUUGAAAGGGUUGUAGCCGGCAGGUGUGAGGUCGCCGGUAUUGGUGGCGGCAAGUGUGGAGCGGGGUGGGGCAGUAAGCGCCCCGCGUGAGCGGCUUAGAAUGCAUCGAGGGCGGCGGCGGUGGCGAUUGCGGCGGUAGCAGGUGCGAGAGGCGUUGGCAUUCGCGAGGUGGCUCUGGAAGGGAGGAGUGAGAGUGGGGAGUGAAAUUGGGAUGCUGUAUGGUGGCGGAGCAUGCGCGAGGGAGCGGAGUAGCGAGAAGAGGGACAAGUGGGUGGGUCUGAGAAGGUAGGAAUUAGGAGUUUUGGGGCGUCCGAGAAUGGCGGCGUGCACAAUAGUGUGGUUCAGACGCGAUCUUCGGCUGGAGGACAAUCCCGCGCUGAUUGCUGCUGCUAGGGCGGGGACGGUGGUGCCAGUGUUCGUGUGGUCUCCUGCGGAAGACGGUCAGUUCCAUCCGGGGCGCGUGUCGAGAUGGUGGCUGAAGCAGAGCUUGACACAUUUGGAGCUGUCGCUGAAGAAGUUAGGUUCUCCGCUGAUCCUUAGAAAGUCGCCGGAUACGCUGAGCGUGCUGCUGGAGAUUGCGGAGGCGACGGGUGCGACGCAAGUGUUUUACAAUCAUCUAUACGAUCCCGUGUCGCUGGUGAGAGAUCAUCGUGUGAAGCAGGGGCUGUCGCAGCGGGGGAUAGUGGUGCACACGUUCAACGGGGACUUGCUGUACGAGCCUUGGGAGGUGUAUGAUGAGGAAGGGCAGGCGUUCACGGUGUACGAAGCGUUUUGGAAGAAGUGCAUGAGCAUGCCGUUCGAGCCGGAGGCACCACUGCUGCCGCCGAGGAGGCUGACGGGUCCGAUUGGGAAGAUCGUGGGGUGCAAUGCGGAGGAGCUGGGGCUGGAGGACGAGUUCGAGAAGAGCAGCAACGCACUGCUGGCACGGGCGUGGUGUCCGGGAUGGGGGUUCGCGAACAAGUCGCUGGAUUCGUUUUUGCGGUCGCCACUGAUCGACUAUGCGAGGGACAGGCAGAAGGCGGAUGGGGCAUCGGGGACGCCGACGUCGCUGCUGUCGCCUCACCUGCAUUUUGGGGAGCUGAGCGUGCGGAAGAUAUUCCACGAGGUGCGGAAGAGGCAGAUAACGUGGGCUCGAGAGGGGAACGCGGGAGGGGAGGCGAGCGUGAACAUGUUUCUGAGGGCGUUAGGGUUUCGGGAGUACUCGCGAUAUUUGAGUUUCCACUUUCCGUUCACGCACGAGAGGUCGCUGCUGGCGAAUUUGAAGUCGUUUCCGUGGCGCGCGGACGAGGGGUACUUCAAGGCGUGGAGGCAAGGGCGGACGGGGUACCCGUUGGUGGAUGCGGGGAUGAGGGAGCUGUGGGCGACGGGGUGGGCGCACAAUCGGAUCCGCGUGGUGGUGGCGAGUUUCUCGGUGAAGUUUCUGCAGCUGCCGUGGAGGUGGGGGAUGAAGUAUUUCUGGGACGUGCUGCUGGACGCAGACUUGGAGUGCGACGUGCUAGGGUGGCAGUACAUAUCGGGGAGUUUACCGGACGGGCACGAGCUGGAUCGGAUAGAGAAUCCCGAGGUGGAAGGAUACAGGUUCGAUCCGGACGGAGAUUAUGUGCGGAGGUGGAUCCCAGAACUGGCACGACUACCGAACGAGUGGGUUCACCACCCAUGGGAUGCUCCGCCGAGCGCUCUUCGAGCAGCGGGCGUGGAGUUGGGGACGAAUUACCCGCGGCCGAUCGUGGAGAUAGGAGCUGCGAGGGAGCGACUGCAGGCGUCGCUGGCGGAGAUGUGGGAAAGAGACGCAGCAAUGAAAGCGGCGCUGGCGAACGGGUUGGAAGAGGGACUGGGAGAGACGGUGGAAGUGGCAGGCACGGGAGGACCGGAGCACGAGAGAAUGGAUGUGCCGAGAGUGAUGGUGCACAUGCAGCGGGAUGCGGACAUGUCGUGCAACAGCUCGAGGAGAGACCAGCUGGUGCCAGAGAUAGUGCCGAACCAGUUCCACAUCCGGGCGCACGAGUCGAUCAUGAACAGGAGCGCGGCGAUGGUGGAGGACGGGGAGGAAGCGGGGCGGGCGGCGGUACCGAUGGUGUUUGCGAGCGUGAGGAGGGGGAUGGGUGGGAACUACGGUGGGCAUCAUGUGGAAGGGAACGGCGGGGAAGUGGCGCAGGCAAGCGCCCCGAUACAGUGGCCGACAGUGACGGCGGUGGAUUACGAGUUGGAUUCAACGGCAGAAUCGGCGUCGGUGACGGGACGCGGGGGGAGCGAAGGCGGGACGGUGCCGGUGUGGUCGCAGUCGGUGUCAGCUAGGACUCCAAUCCAGGUGCGGGAAGGUCUGGUGCCGGAGGUGCGAAGAGGACCGGGUUUGUCGCGGAGGCAACUGCAGGCGUCGGUGCAGAGGGUGAACCUGGAGGGGAUGACAUCGAAUAAGACAAGCUCUCUCUCGGUUUAGAUUGGUCCACGGUGGAGCUGGAAUGUGGGGGCUGAAAUGAAUGGCCACAUCACCUUGGUGGCCUGACUUCAUGCGAGAUGCUUUCUUCUUUGGGGGUUUGUAAUGCUGCCUGCUUAUGUGGGAUGCACUGUGUUGUGCUUUGGUCAUACAGCAGGCUGAAGAGGAGGACUUUUACGUGCCAAAGUUGGUGAAAUGGACUCAACCCCGCAAGCGGCGUGUCAAGCAAGAUGGCUGACUGACUGCUUGGACAUUGGGAUAAGCUGCAGUUGAGGCACACGUUGAAAUUAUCGGCUUUGUUUUACCAGCUAUCGUAAUGUUUGGGCCGGUUUGGCCGGUUCUUACAUUUCCGAGGCUGCUUUUCUGGCGGAGACCUUGCACGGAGUUCAAGCAGGCAAUGAACUGCAUGUGGACCCUUGUUCAGAAUGGAUCAACCACCACAUUUUAACCUCAGACGGCAUGGGUCCGAACUUGAUAUCGCCACAUCGCUUUUUAUCACCUUUGCAGGUUAAUCUUAUGGUUUGAAUGCGCUAUUUACCAAUAUCUGAGUUAUUGGUAGGAGUGUUCAUUUAAGCUGUUCUGGAAGGACCUUUUUGGGCGGCCAUUCCCAUAUGAAGGUGGAACUUUGGGCCAUAGGUGACAUUUUUAUUAAGUUUUUGUUCUCUUUUGCAAAAACUCUGAAUGUCGUUUAGCUGAAAUUUAUAUUUGCACAAGCAUUCGUCCUUGGCUGCCAUCAAUCCACUGUGAAAGUGAAUUGUAGGGCUAGAAUGGAGUGUCAUGGAGCAGUGAUAAUGAAGAGGCGACAAAUAAUAAAGAGGUGUUGUUGCGUCACA